AUGGGGCCGAGCGGCGGCAGGAGCGGAGGCCGGCGGCGGGCGCUCGGGGCCGACCAGCUGCAGGCGCGCGGCGCGCAGGGACCGGGCCGAGCGGCGGCGGGAGCGGAGGCCGGCCGCGUCGAAUUAAAUAAGCAGAUCUCGUGCAAGCUGCAGCUGACGAACAAGACAGACAAGCAGGUCGCGUUCAAGGUCAAGACAACGAGCCCGAAGAAGUACUGCGUUCGGCCGAACAAUGGCAUUGUGGCACCCCGGUCCACAGCCGAUGUUGUUGUUACAAUGCAAGCGCAGCGGGAGGCGCCACCGGACAUGCAAUGCAAGGACAAAUCCCUUGUGCAGAGCGCCAUUGUAGCCAAGGAGAUUGUGCCAAAGGAAGUCACCGGAGACAUGUUUACCAAAGAAUCAGGCAAUGUAGUUGAUGAAGUGAAAUUGAAGGUUGUUUAUCUCACGCCGUCCACCCAAAGCGAGGGAUUUGAGGAUGGUUCUGCGGUCAGUUUGAAUUAUCAAGAGCCAUUUGCUUUGAUUUCGAAACUGAUGGAGGAGAAGAAUUCUGCUGUUGAACUGAACAACAAGCUUCGGCAAGAAUUGGUUAGUGUUUUUUAGCUUAUUACGAAAACAGUUAAUAAACUCAAGUGCAUUUUUUCCCUUUGACUGUAGGCACUACAUUCAGAUUUUUGCGGUUUUAUUUUCUAGGC